AUGUACCAGCGGCCCGACAUGGCGACACCAGGCGGCGAGCCGGACAAGACGAUGGAUCCGAAGAAGAUUCAGGAGCACUACGAGGACUUUUACGAGGACCUUUUCGAGGAGCUCAGCAAGUACGGCGAGCUCAACAGCCUCAACAUCUGCGACAACCUCGCCGACCACAUGGUGGGCAACGUGUACGUCAACUUCCGCGAGGAGGAGCAGGCUGCGACGGCUCUCAGGGCGCUCACUGGCCGCUUUUAUGCAGGGCGGCCCAUUCUGGUGGACUUCUCGCCCGUCACCGACUUCCGCGAGGCCACGUGUCGGCAGCCGCCUGCUGGCGGAGGGGGAGGCGGAGGGUACGAGGGAGGGGAUCGCGGGGGUGGCGCAGACAGGGGAGGGUACCAGGGGGGAGGCGGGGGUGGGUACGAUGGGUACAACGGCGGGUAUGGCGGAGGCGCGGGGGGUGGUGGCGGCGGCAGGGGAGGCUACGAUGCGUAUGGUGCUGGCGCUGGCGGCGGUGGUGGGUACCAGGACGGAGCUCCGCCGCGUGACUAUGGUGCGCCAGUUGACGCGCGGGGGGGAUACGGGCCUCCUGCAGGGGACUACAGGGGCGCGCCAGGGGGGUACGGCGGUUACCAGGGCGACGGCAGGGACGGAGGGUACGGCGCUGGUGGUGGUGGUGGUGGUGCGCCACCGGUGCUGCCUCCACAGCAGGGGCAGCAUGAGCGGCGCGAGUAUGACGGGUACGGAGCAGGAGGCGGGGGGGACAGGCGCGACUACCCUCCGCAGCAGUACUAA